AUGUCAAGCCUCUAUUGGACCUUCGUUUCUCAGAUCUACAAAUCCGGGACGCUGGUGAUGGUUCUGGUUAGUGAACGGCUCUGUUUCGUUUCUCUUGGCGGUGUCUUUAGAAGCUUACCGACGGCGCGUGUAGAGGCUUCGGUUGGUGGCGCGUGGAGUUGUCUAUGCUUUGGCGUCGUCGUCUUCAACCUCUGCUCCGGUCUUGCCUUUCUUUCCACGGCUCUGUUUUGUGGUACACUCUCACCGGAAGUGCACUUUCAUGGUGUCUCGUCUGUCGCCGGACGACUUCCGUUUGCAGUUGAAAAACCAUCCUCUUGUUCUAAGAGGUGGAGUGCGUGGACGGUGGUAGCAUUUCGCGAGUCUCCGGAGUUCUAUUUUCAUGUCCAUGGUGGCGCGUUUGGAGUCCAUCCAUCCCAGUAUCGGGGUUUGCUUUUACAAACUUCGAUAGGAUGUUCCUUUUUUCUUAUUGCAGGUACCCGUACCACGUUUCAUGGCGGCUACAGCUCAACCGAACUUUGUUCUUGUGUUGGGGAACACGCUUUGGCGUUUGGUCCUUUGGGUUUCAGGUAUGAUUCUGUCGGGCUAUUGUUCUUCCAACCUUGUGCCUACUUGUCAGUGAAGAUUACGAGCGUGAGGAGUUCGUCAAGAACCAGCUACUCCGAUGAUGGCAUGUGA